AUGUUCCGUUUGUGCGUUAUACUGGCUGGAGUUUUGCUCCCAGCCUCAGUGCUGUGUGCUCCGACUGUGCACUUGCAGGACUAUGUCCCUGAGUCUCCCACCACACCGGAUUACAAUUCCAUUCAAUCCGUGGACGAACAGCCGCGUAUCGGCACCAAACCACACGUGAUGGAACCCACCUGGAUCACGGUUACGGUGCCUCCGAUUAGCUAUGGUCCCACCGAUCCAAAGCCUCAUGCGAUGCCACCGUACACUAGCUACGUUGUCGUUCCACCGUUACAUCAACCCAUGGGAGGGCAGUGGCCAUUGUACUACCCCAACAUGCCGGUACUGCCGUAUCAAUAUCCUAUCAACCAUAUGUGCCAGCAGCAGAUGAGCCCGUACCGUGCGACAUAA